AUGGCUGAGGGAGCCUCUCUCCCUCCGUCGCCCAUUCCUCAAGACCUUCUUUUCAUUUCAGCGUCUCCGCCUCUAGGCUCAGAUCUGGUUUCCUCUCCGACAGUGUCUCAAUCGAUGUCUGUCGUAGCUCAGUUACCCGCUCCGCUUUGUGAACAGAGCCCAAUUGCAAAAUCUUGUGCUCCCUCACAGCCGGAAAAGCCUGCUUCUUGGACUUCUAAUUUCAAGCCGCAUUUCAAAAAUCUGACGAAGAUUGGUUCGCCUACUGUAUCUUCUGAUGGUAUUCCUCAAAUCCAAGCUCCGGAUUCUAUUAUCUUGACUUCAACUCAGAUGUGGAAAAAUCACAUCAUAGCCUACUUCCAUGGGAAUCCGCCUUCUCCGGCAAAAAUUUUCUCAGAUUUGAAUCCGAUUUGGGGUUUAAAAGGUCGCAUUUCAAUUAAGCAUCACUCCUCAAGUGUCUUUCUCAUCUUAAUCCCUGAUGUCGAGACUAGGAACUGGGUUUUGAAUGUGGGUUUUUCGCAUUCAGGGAAUUGCUCUAUUACUGUUACGCCUUGGGAGGCCUCAACAGCGAUCAGGAAAAUGAAGCUGGUCCAUGCUCCGGUUUGGGUCCUCUUCAGACACGUCCCUCCAGAACUCUUGUCAGAGGUGGGUUUUAGUACAAUCGCUUCUGCAGUGGGGAUUCCGGUUCAUACGGAGUAUCCUAAUAUCAAGCCCUACUCUAAUGGGGUUGUGAAAUUGAGAGUCGUAAUUGAAUUGGCUAAAAAGAGAGCAAAUUCCAUUAGAGUUAAGGAUAAGCUGGGGAAUUCCGCUCUGGUUUUAAUCGAGGUCCUCAAGCUCCCUCCGAGAUGCCGCAAUUGUAGAGAAUUUGGCCACUUGAAUCUUCGUUGUCCUGUUCCCUUAACCAAACCGGUCCUUAAGCCUCCAAACCCUUUGGCACCUUCCCCUAAGGUCUGUCAAAAAGAUUCAUCUUCUGUCUCUGUAUCUGGCUCUUCACAAGUAGCGUCAUCAACGAAUCCUACCUUAGAGAAGGUUCAGGAGGUUGUCAAUGUCUCUUCAGAGAUCAGUUCGCAGGACUGUUCCUCCCCCUUGGCUGGUUCCCUGGAGGCGGAUCCCCCUGAACCCUUACCUGAGCCAAGUCCACCGGAUGAUUUUAUAACGGUUUCAGGCAAGUCUUUGCCCAUCACAGUUCCACAAAUAGUCUCUGAAAAGAGACAGAUGACAUCUCCAGUCUCGUCUACUCAAACUGGAGAGAAGGAAGGAAAAAACAAAGGAGCUCAUUUGGUAUCGAUGAAUCGUUUUAAGGUCCUUCAAGGCUUGGGGUCGUCUACUUUACUAGUCCUCCUGCCUAAAGUUCAGAGAAAAGUUCAAAGGCAGAAAGCGUCUCUAGCCUCUGAAGCUAUGAUUAUUGAUUUUACCCCUGGAUUGGAUCCUGAAGAAGAAGCAGUUUCAGGAUCAGGAAUUGGUUUGAUUGAUCGUUCGGAACAUCCGCCUAUAGCUGAUGUUCCUGUUUUGGAUUCCUAG